CAAAUUGGUAGUGGUAAUGUAGGCCGUGUAUGGUGUGUUGAUGAUGCUAGGUAAAAUUGUAUUCGUGUACCGGUAUGAAACCAUAUAAACAGACUAUAACAUUAAGUGCUGUCACCAGUGUUCAUUAAUGUAUUGUAAUACACGUUCGUGUGGAUCACUGUAUGAACAGCCCCCACUAGACGAAAUGCGACACAAGACACAACUGUUCCUGCUUUUGAUAAUACUGGCGUUGGUGGAUGGGAAUGUAAAUCAGCAGGAUGCUUCAAAACCAGGACGUGAUGAGAGACGACGAAGCAAAGAAGUGUCUAAUGCUGAAGAUGAACAAGAGGAAUUUAUAUAUUCAGAUGGUAUUAACAGUAUUCGCCCAAAAGCUGUGAGAAUUGUCCCUGUUCCUGAUCUUUCAAAAUCAGAAGACAAGUGGAAAAGUGAUGGUGUUGAAACUGGAGAUGUUGAUCCGGAAUUACUGUCCGAACCAGCGAAAUGGAUCCAGAGGAUGAUUGCAGAAGUAGAAGGGGCAGAAAAUGAAUUGCUGGAUGAAGGAGAUGAGGAAAAGAUUGAUAGGGAAGAUGAAAUUGAGGAUUCUGCAACAACACAGCCGCCAAGAGAGCUAACACCUCUGGAAAAAGAAGCCCUGGAUCUGUAUGAGAGUGGUCUUGCAAUGUUGAAUGUAACACGUCCAAAUAAGCUGGAGGCGUAUCAGUUUCUGCAGCGAGCAGGCAAGUUGGGUCAUAGCCAGGCAAGAGUCUUAGUUGCUUGGGCACAGCUCCUGGGUUCUCCCAUGCCCCAAGACAUUGAAGCAGCGAAACAAGAAUUUCAAGAAUUGGCAGAAUUGGGUGUUCCAGAUGCACACAUGGGUUUGGGAUUCCUCUAUGCCAGUGGCAUUGCUGUAAAUGCAAGCCAAGCAAGAGCCAUUGUUCAUUAUACAUUUGGAGCUAUUGGAGGCAGUUCAUGGGCACAGAUGGCUCUGGGUUAUCGGUACUGGUCAGGAGUCACUGUUGCUGCAAGCUGUGAGAAAGCCUUGGACUUCUAUAGGAAAGUUGCAAAUAAAGUUGCAGAGGAAGUUUCCUUGUCUGGGGGACAAGCUGUACAGAGAGUCCGCCUAUUGGAGGAACUGGAGAAUCCUGGCUACAACUCCGGAAUCUUAGACAAUGAUCUGAUAGAGUACUAUCAGCUGCUGGCAGAAAAAGGAGAUGUACAAGCACAGGUUGGGCUGGGCCAGCUCCACUAUCAGGGUGGCCGUGGUGUACAGCAAGAUCACCAGAGAGCUCUUCAUUACUUCCUUCAAGCAGCAGAUGCAGGAAAUCCAAUAGCCAUGGCGUUCUUGGGGAAGAUAUAUCUGGAGGGCAGUGACAUCGUGAAGCAAGACAAUGAUACUGCGUACAAGUACUUCAAGAAAGCUGCUGACUUGGGCAAUCCAGUGGGGCAAAGUGGCCUGGGUCUCAUGUACCUGUAUGGCAAGGGUGUGGAUAGAGACUAUGGCAAGGCCCUCAAAUACUUCUCACAGGCAGCAGAUCAGGGCUGGGUGGAUGGACAGCUGCAGCUGGGCAACAUGUACUUCAGUGGGUUAGGUGUGCGACGGGACUACAAGUUGGCCAACAAGUAUUUUAGCCUAGCGUCUCAGUCGGGUCAUGUUCUUGCAUUCUACAACUUGGCCCAGAUGCAUGCAACAGGCACAGGCAUGAUGCGUUCCUGCCCGACUGCUGUUGAGUUAUUCAAGAAUGUAGCAGAACGUGGCAAGUGGGGUGAAAAGCUGAUGGAAGCUCACAUUCACUACCGAGAAGGUAGCUUGGAUGAAGCAUUUGUCACGUAUACUCUCCUGGCAGAGCUUGGUUAUGAGGUUGCCCAAAGUAAUGCUGCUUUCCUGCUGGAUAAAGGUGAUGUAUCCUUAUUUGUGGAACGAGAUGUGUUUGUGAGGGCACUCAUGUACUGGCGCCGAGCGGCAGCCCAGGGCUACUCUGCUGCACAAGUGAAGCUGGGUGACUACCACUACUAUGGACUUGGUACACCUGUAGACUAUGAAAUGGCUGCCACACAUUAUCGGCUUGCAUCAGAGCAACAACACAAUGCACAGGCCAUGUUCAACCUUGGGUACAUGCAUGAGCAAGGACUAGGAAUGCAACAGGAUAUCCAUCUUGCGAAACGGUGCUAUGACUUGGCUGCAGAGACAAAUGCUGAUGCUAAAGUCCCAGUGGCUCUAGCUCUCAUGAAGUUGUCUCUUCUCUUCAGCAUGAAAUAUUUACAAGAGAGCCAUUGGCAGGAGUGGCUUUUGCUUUUCAAUCUGGACCAGUCAUUGGGCCCAAACUGGGACCUGUACCUCAUUACAGCACUAGUAGGAAUAUUGGGCAUUGUGGUGUAUUUUCGACGUCCACAACCGCAAUAGGCAACACAAUUGUAUCCUUCAUGAAACAUCCAGUGCGUGGAGAAGUGGUAAUAUGCGUCACUGUAAAGUACUGCCACUUUCUUUCAGGCAUAAUACUGCCGUAUGGUUAGGGUUCUCAAGACUCAGAACUAUUUUCUCCACAUUUCAGUUUCUGUUAUGGGCUGUGAUGUAACAUUUUUGGGUGUUUAAAUUUCAUUGUUCGUUCAAACCAUAAUGGUGGCUAGGAGCACAUUUUUGUUUGGGUUUAAAUUUCAUACCAGGGGGACAUGAUUGUGUGAUGUGAUGAUAAACAAUGUAAAGUUAUAUCAGUUUAAGUUUAUUUAAAUGCUAUUUCUGAAUUGUUGUACAUAGUUUUAUCAUAUCACGUAGCAUCGAGUGUGUUGUUAUUGUUGUUAUGUCUUGCUCUGUACAUGAAAUAUAAGUCUUAUAUCUA